AUGGACUUCGUCCCUUCGCUCGUUGGAACUUCCGACGACAGCUCUUCCAAUGAGUCUACCGGUCUCCUCACCCCCGAUAGCAGUCCAUUGUUUCGUCCUUCACAUCCCAAGGAUACCUUUGCGACGCGCAUUGCCCAGAUUCUCGAUGACUCGGAACCCCGUCGACAGGAAACGCCCACAAAACACGCCGAUGACCUGGUGGCGUCGGGCGAUGCGACUGUGCCAACCACCAGCCAUGUCAAUAGAAUAUGUGUGAUUGGCGCUGGCUACGUCGGCGGACCUACUGCCGCAAUCUUAGCCAUGCACAACCCAUCAAUCCACGUGGAGGUUUUGGAUAGAGACCAAGGCCGAAUCAGGAGAUGGAAGUCAGGUCACCUUCCCAUUCAUGAGCCAGGGUUGAGCAACAUUGUUCGACUGGCAAGAGAUGGCGGGCUCCGAAGCGACUCGCAAGAAAACAACGGCCUGGUGACGAGACGCGACCCUAACCUCUUCUUUACCUCCGACACCCCAAGGAGCAUCGCUGAGGCCGAUAUGAUCUUUCUUGCGGUCAACACCCCCACCAAGACGUCCGGAGUGGGCGCAGGAAGAGCGACGAACAUGACUGCUCUGGACGGCGCCGUCAAGGAUAUCGCGGUGUAUGCCAAAGCGGGAACCGUCAUCGUGGAAAAGAGUACUGUACCUUGUGGAACGGCUCAGCGCAUCAGGCGAACACUUGACUCGCUCCGACCUGGCGUACCGUUCGAGAUCUUGUCAAACCCGGAGUUCCUCUCCGAAGGCACAGCCAUCAAAAACCUCAUGAAACCUGAUCGCGUUAUCAUUGGCUCCGCAGACACGCCGUCCGGCCACCUUGCAGCGGACGCACUGGCAAGUCUUUACGCUGCAUGGAUCCCCCAAUCCCAAAUAGUCCAGAUCAAUGCCUGGUCGUCCGAACUGUCGAAGCUUGUUGCAAAUGCAAUGCUAGCCCAACGAAUCAGUAGUAUCAAUUCCAUCAGUGCCAUUUGCGAAGUUACAGGAGCCAAUGUCGAUGAGGUUGCGAGGUCUGUUGGCUUGGAUGCCCGAAUAGGACCCCAAUUUCUGAAGGCCGGCAUCGGAUUUGGGGGCUCCUGUUUCAGAAAAGACAUUGCAAGCCUGACUUAUCUCGCGGAGUCGUUGGGGCUUGAGGAAGUGGCCGAAUACUGGAGUCAGGUCAAUGCACUCAACGUAUCGCAACGGCGCCGCUUUGCGAGAAGGGUUCUCAGGCGCUUCAACGAGAACUUGGUCGGCAAAAAGAUUGCUUUGCUGGGAUUUGCCUUCAAAAAGAACACCGGGGACGCCAGAGAGUCGCCUGCUGUGGAUGUCAUCAGGACUCUACUCGACGAACAGCCUGCAGAGGUCGCCAUUUUUGACCCCUACUGCAUUGAAGAAGACAUUUUGAGAGAGAUUCGUACCCUUGUGGCGACGGAUGAUCUUGUGAUUAACACCAGUCGUGUCAAGGUCUAUUCCGAUCCUUAUCAAGCUUGCUCGGAAGCAAACGCGAUUCUAGUGAUCAACGAUUGCGAUCAGUUUCGGAAUCAAAUACCAAGACGACGAACGGGGAGUGCGACGGCUCAGAUGACACCACUCGAAAAGACUUUUGAAGAAGGCAGCGUUUUGGAAGCUGAUAUGCUCUCACUGGCCAGUGGAGCGGGGCCAACAUCUCAACCAGAAGAUGAUUAUUUGACGAGCCUCCUUUUCAAGCUUGGACCGGCUCCGUCGUGUGCACUGGAAUGUCCAGAUUGCAAGUUGAAGUCCAGAGGUCCAGUCUCCAAGGAACCUGUUGAGUGGGCGCGCAUCGUGUAUAACAUGAAGGAGCCGAAGUGGGUGUUUGACGGCCGAGGUAUCUUGGACGUACCGGAACUCGAGAAGCUAGGCGAUGUGAAAGUGGAUGUGGUUGGGCGAUGGCGGGCAGAAGACGGCCAGAGGAGCUGGUGAGCAGGGUUUCGCGUCUUCUGACCCUUUUAAAUUGAUGGUUUCUGCAUUUCACGAGCUGGCCGUUGCUGGCGCUAUUGUUGUCGUUGGCUACCCAGGCGUUUGUCGUGGC